AUGGCUGGGAAAGUGCACGGUGGCAAAAGAUCGCGGUGGGCCAUUGACUUCGUCACUCAUCGCGAAUCGGUCUAUAGUAACAUUUCCUCGCCUCCGGGCUUCUCGACGUCGACGGUGAUUGCAGAGGGCCACUCUGCAAGCGGCUCGGAGCGAGUGGACCAGAACCUAGUCAUUAAACGGUCCUGGGACCUGGCCCUCGGGCCCCUGAAGCAACUCCCCAUGAACAUGUUCAUCAUGUACAUGGCCGGCAACUCCAUCUCCAUCUUCCCCAUCAUGAUGGUCGGCAUGUUGUUUCUGCGGCCUGUGAAAGCUAUUCUAGGUAUACAAAGCACGUUUUCAGUCAUUGAAGGCUCGCACGCCGUGUGGCAAAAAAUUGUGUUCUUUAUCGGCAACGUGGCGUGCAUUCUGAUGGCGUUGUGGAAGUGCCAGAGUAUGGGGCUGUUGCCAACGCAUGCGUCGGAUUGGCUGGCGUUCAUAGAGCCGAAGGAAAGGGCGGAGUUCGCCUUUGGGGGCAUUGCUUUAGCUUUGCCGAAAGAUAGCGUGUGUGUUCAGAAGUUGCUGUCUUCGUGUAAGAAAAUGAGUGUGGAUUCGGGUAUAGUUUUGGUGACGGGAGCGACAGGAUUUUUGGCGACGCACUGCAUCAAGUUAUUGCAAGAAAGGGGCUGGCAAGUCAGAGGUACUGUGAGGAACAAAAACGACGAGAAGAAAAACAGUGCGUUGUACGGUUUAGUGCCUGAUGCGAAACACAAGCUCGAGCUCGUCGAGGCCGACUUGACUAAACCAGCCACUUGGCCUGACCCAGCUUUCCCCUCCAGGUCAUUCAAGGCAAUUCCGCCAUUUUCAUCAACAGCCGCCUUCACAGCCGCCACAUUGGCCCCCAUUUUGGCGGCUGUGAAGGCGGCUGUUGAUGAAAAUGGCGGAAUUGCCUUGAAUGACCUGGAGGCAACCCUUAGAAAGAAUGCCAAUGCUGUGAAAGGAUGCACCUACGUUUUGCACGUGGCGAGUCCAUUUCCCGGAUCCGGGGGUAAAGUCCGCGAUGUCGAAAACCAACUUAUGCGUCCAGCUGUCGAAGGUACUCUCAACGUGUUGCGGGCUUGUGCCAAAGCUGGGACUGUCAAGCGUGUCGUUGUCACCAGUUCCGUCGCCUCUAUUUUCAGUGACACGAAGCACAAAGACGGCGAAAGGAAGUAUAAUGAGGAAGAUUGGACGGAUAUGGAUGAUCCGCAUUGCGACAAAUACUGUGUAUCGAAGACCAAGGCCGAGAAGGCAGCUUGGGAUUACGUGAAAGGAUUAUCCGAUUCCGAGAAGUUCGAGUUGGUGACUAUUUGCCCGAGUUUCAUCAACGGACCACUUCUGACUAGCAUUCACAAUGAUGCUACUUCGCUCGAGCCCGUUGUCCUUCUCAUGAACCGAGAUUUGAGAUUGAUCGGAGGAGUUCCCCAUUACAUGUUUCCGAUUUGCGACGCGAGGGAUGUUGGCCUUCGACUGUUGGCCAAGAAUUUCGGAAAGUACGGUUACAAAUUUCCCUGGCUGGAAAUUCCGACCAUCGCGUCUUGGUUUGCCCGCUUUCUGGACUCAAAUCUGUUGGCCAAGAAUUUCGGAAAGUACGGUUACAAAUUUCCCUGGCUGGAAAUUCCGACCAUCGCGUCUUGGUUUGCCCGCUUUCUGGACUCAAAUGUGAAGCAUUACGUGUAUCCGCGUUUGGGACUCCGCACGGACUAUGACAACACGAAACUGCAGACGUUGCUGAAGAUUAAACCCCGGCCUGUGGAAGAAACUUUGGUGGACAUGGGUCGUUCGAUGGUGGCCCUAGGAUAUGCCCGCAAGCUUCGUCCCUUCGACGAGUGA